CCGCAUCGCAUCAAAUCAAAUGCGCACCGUACACCGCACCGACGCCCGACGCCAUUUUUCUGUCAAUUGAGUCAUAAGUCGUGUGCUCGCAGGACGCCAUUUUAUUAAAAUAAUAGUUUCAAUUAUCUGCACUGGAAACUAUUUUAUUUUAUAUAAGUGAACGUUAAGUAAGUUCAAAAUGAGUUACGGAAGACCACCGCCGCGUAUUGACGGCAUGGUGUCGUUGAAAGUGGACAAUCUCACAUAUCGUACUACGCCUGAAGAUUUACGCCGCGUUUUCGAAAGGUGUGGGGAAGUAGGCGACAUUUAUAUCCCCCGUGAUCGUUACACAAGGGAAAGCAGAGGAUUCGCAUUUGUCAGGUUUUACGACCGACGGGAUGCUGAAGAGGCCCUGGACUCGCUCGACGGGCGCAUGCUGGACGGAAGGGAACUGCGAGUGCAGAUGGCCCGCUACGGAAGGCCUUCGUCACCCUACAGAAGCCGGUACGACCGCAGACGCAGCGGUUCCCGCUCGGGCUCGCGCUCGCGGCGCCGCUCCCGCUCGCGCUCGCGCUCCCGCAAGCGCUCGUACUCGCGCAGCCGCUCGCGCUCCCGCUCCCGCAGCCGCUCCGACUCCAAGAGCUCGCGCGGCCGCUCCCGCAGCCGCUCGCAUUCCAGGUCCCGCUCUAGGCAUUGAAGUGCUGAGUUAAGAGUACCGGUUUAGAGCUGAAGCUGUGCCAGCUAUCUCGUGCACUCUUCGGCCAAGGUACUAGCUCUCACUUACUCUAGCCCCACAGACCUAACUAUGUCCGACAUAGUGGCAAAUUUUUAACGUAACAAAUUACCUUUUAAGUUCUUAACUUAGAUUAACAACAACUCUUAAUGAUUUUGUCUUCUUUUUUUAUUAUUUGUAUUAUCUGACUGUUAAGUAGCAAGUUGAUAACUUACCGGAUAUCAAAUUACCUAAUUGAUUUUUAAUUUGUGUAUUAGGCUCAAGUUCUGUUCAGAUUAUUUUUCUACAUUUAAAAAAGGCUCCUUGACACAUGCUUGUGUAUUGUGUUGUGUGAUUCUCAAUAAAUCUAUUUAAGGAGAAUAUAAUUGUGUAUUUAGAAAUGUAUAAAAUAUGAACUCAUCAGUUUGUGUAAUUAAUCACCAAUUAGGUGUGGCCAUAAAGGUCCUUAGAUAUAUUUCAGGUUAGAAUCAAUUACCCAGGAGAUCAUGUACUACCCAUGGGCAUUAUGGGCUAAAUUGGGACUUUUUGGGACACCUCAUGAUGUGUGGUAAUGGAAAUUAACAACCAAAUGCCUUUCAGUUCACUUUUUUUUUGUAUAAUUUCAAAAUUGUUAAAUCCGCUAAGGUACUAUGCCCUUGAUAUGAACAAAUUAGUCAAAAACUUACAAGAAGUUCUCAUAUAUACCUAUGCUUUCGUAAUUUGAUAAAUAAAUGACAAAAAAUAUAAAUUGUGACAUUUUCAGUCAAAAAGUUGUCCAUUAUUGUCAGUUGUCCAGUAAUUUGUAAUUGAAUUUAAGCAAUAGCGCCUAUGGCUGGCAAAAUAAGUAACUUUUUGCUGGAAAUUACUCAAUUAAAAUCUAUUUGAUAGCAAUAUGCUUUGAAAGUGUAAUUGUAUGAACAAGGACAUGUUAUUUUAGCUUGAAAUUGUAAAGUAUCGCACACUGUUAACUGGCAAUUCGUAAAUCUUAUUACAAAGAUGUACCACUGAUUGUCUAUUAACAGUGGUAGCGAAGUAGAAUAUUAACGUAUGUAUGUGUGUGUCAGGGCGGCGCGGGAGGCGCGGAGGGCGAGGGCCGCGGGGGGUUGCGGAGCCGACAACUGCUGUUUUGCUGUUGUUGCCGUACAUAAAGUUAUGAGUAAACUUUUAUAUUUUUGACCAACCAGUCUCACGUAGGUACUUAAAAUUACCCAUACGUUUAAAAGUAUUUUUAAACAGCAUUGAUUCCUAAUAAAUUUAAAAAUUACACCUUUUUGAAGUAAGAAAAAUAGUAAUGACAGAUGCUGCUGGUGUUCGCGGACUAACGAUUGCAUUUGUUUGGCAGGCCGCGAGCAGGUGCCGCUGGCCUGCUGUGGCAGUUUCCCGCUGAUUGCUGUGUUUGCUGACUUUCCAGAUGCGUCUAGGUUUCUUUUAGAGGACUACGCCCCCCGCCGAUGCGUGUUAGCUUAGUACAUUCAUAUAUUUUCUUUCGAGAUUUUAUUUAGAGUUAGAUUGAAGAUUUUUGAAGUUGCAAGAGAGAAGACGUCGACAGGACACCUGGGAUUUGGAUUCUGUAUGUAGGUUAAAAUGUCUUAAAUAAAUAGAGUUAACACGA